CCGACUAGUUUGGUCCUGGCCCUGGGCGCUCCAUGCAGGCUGUCCAGGGGCGCUUAAUAGAGGCAGACCUUGGAAGAGGGAGCUCGUUUGAAGUCCGCAAAUGCUGCACAAGCUGGAUACUACUUUCAGUCAGAUUCGAUGGACUUCUUGACAACUGCUCGCCACCUCUAACUUUGAAAUCCACUUUGUGUUGAGACCACUUUACCGAGGUUUUCCCAGAGCCGCUGAAUUGCCAAUGGCGCAUUGCAGGACGUGGGAUCUCCGAAAAUGCGCGGAUGCCACAUCAGCUAUAGCUUUGCAGCGCUCAGCUUUCUGUAGUUAUGAGCACCGGGGACUUGGUGCUUGCCGGCAGAAGGACUUCCAGCAAUGCAUCUCUGAGAUGAUAAAGAGGCGACACUGUCUUCAGCAAAAGCUUCCGCAACGUGGUCCUGUGAUAAAAGAAACACGUUUGCAGUGUGAAGUGGCACCACAGGGUGCAAAUGUUGGGAGUCAGGUUGAACAAGGGGACAAGGCAAAGCUUCCAGUGAAAGAGGCUCCCAAAACAAGCGCUCGACUAAUGAAAGCAAUGAAGUCUGCCGGCACGCUAGAGUUGCCCCCUUUGACAAGCUGGGAGUCUAUCUCCCCUUCCGGUGUGGAAACUUCAGCGCAAUGUCCAACUUCUCCUUUGGACAUGAAACCUUUUAGUGAGCGGACAGAUUCUUUAGGAUUUCGUAGGGAUGUAAUGGGGGAACGGGGAGGCUCAUCAACCAGCACUCAGAAGCAAAUGGAGAAGUCAACUUCCUCACAAAGUAGUUUUUCAUCAACUCUGUCAAAAGGCCAGGCGGUCUCCUUUCCUCAAGUAACAUCUGAUAGCGCCGGCACCAGCCUCCAUCAUGGGAGACAGCUAAAUGAAGACGGCCCUUCCACUUCCGGUCAAGCAGCCCCUGAAAUGGAACUCCUUUUCCUUGGGACGUCGUCUGGGACUCCGACUCUGUCCCGCAAUGUGUCAGGGCUGCUGCUGAGAAUGAAGAGGGGAACGUGGCUCUUUGACUGUGGGGAGGGCACGCAGCACAGAUUGCUCCAGGCAAGGGUUAUCCCAAGCUCCAUUUCCAAGAUCUUCAUUUCUCACAUGCACGGCGACCACAUCUUCGGCCUUCCUGGCCUGCUUCUCUCCAUCAUGGACUCCCGCGACGAGCUUGGUCUAAGCAAAGACGCCCCUUUGCACAUCUACGGCCCCAAAGGACUUGGCCAAUACAUCUGGGCGAACCUCAGCAUGUCAGCAUCAGGGCUAACCAUCCCGGUUACCAUACACGAGCUCGGCCACGACGCCCCGGGCGCUUUCUCCCUCGACUCCCACGGCCGUUUCCAAGUCCGCCCCGUGCUUCGAAUCGAUUCCCCGGGUGGGGGUUUCCACUGGGACCUGUUCGACGACGAAAGAAUCAGUGCCAAGACGUCGCUUUUGAAGCAUCGGGUGCCAUGUUUUGGUUAUGUGGUGGAGGAGACGUAUGAGCGGAAAGUGGACCCGCUUCGGGCGAGGGGGUGGGGCCUGGAACCAGGUCCCAUGUUCGCGAAACUCGAAAGGGGCGAAACGGUGCGCCUCCCAAACGGAACGGUCGUCCGGCCAGACGACGUCCUUGAGGCGCCGACGCAGCGCAAAGUGUGCAUCCUGGGCGACACCUGUGACUCGUCCAACUUGGCGACUGUCGCCCAGAAUGCGGACGUCCUGGUCCACGAGGCGACGUUCGAAAACAAGUACGAGGACAAAGCGCUGGUGUCCACGCAUUCCACCGCCGGGAUGGCCGGCGCUUUUGCGAGGGACAUAGGAGCGAAGCUGCUGAUCUUGACGCAUUUCAGCAAGCGGUAUGAGAGCUUGGAGGUUCGGGAAAGGAGCUUAGAUGGCGAAUCUGGCGACGCGAGUAGCUUAUCAAGCCAAGCUAUCAGGAGGCUAGUGACGCAGGCGAUGAGCACGUUCCGCAGCAACAAGGUGAUUGCGGCGGAGGAUUUUAAACGGAUACAAGUUCCACGGAGUGUGAGAAUCGAAGUUGGUGAACCUUGAAGCAUAUCUUGCCGCC